AUGGCUUCUGACGUUUUGACCUCGCUCAGCCUAUUCGUCCUCUUCUUCUUCGCCUUCUCCACGGUCGACUUUUGCAUCGCCGGUUUUUUUUCGGCGACUGUGCCGGCUGGAACUGAUGAGUACGUCAAUGAGAAUGAAGUGGAGUCGCUACUCGCGGAGGAUGUUGUUGAGGGAUCUGGGGAGGGAUCGAGGAUGUUUUCAUGGAUUUUGGGGAAUAUGGCUGGGUUUAGGAGAAUGACAUCUCCUCGUCUUUUCUGGUGUUUGAAAAUUGAUCGUGGAGUUGCUUCAUGCCAACACGGCUCCAUUUAUCAUCUCUUCUUAUCCUCAUUUUCCUACCACCGCCGGUUACCGUUGACCGCCGCGACGGCCUCUCUAUCGCCGAUUACUAGGGAAAGAUAUUCAAAGAUGAAGAUUUUCGUGAAGACUCUCAAGGGCAAGCACUUCGAAAUUGAAGUGAAACCCGUGGAUACGGUUGCAGAGGUGAAGAAAACUAUAGAAACCGCACAAGGAGCAGAUGUUUAUCCUGCUCCACAACAGAUGCUUAUUCAUCAGGGAAAAGUUCUUAAAGAUAGCACUACACUGGAAGAAAAUAAAGUAGCUGAAGGCAGUUUUGUUGUUGUUAUGCUGAGCAAGGUAAUAGUUGUCUAUUGCAAGUUUCUGAAAGAACCUGCUGAAAUAAAUUAUACAGUUCGCCAAGUCUCAGCCUUCUACAGCUAUCUUGUUUUCUCUCCUGCUCCGGCUCCGGCUCCGGCUCCGGCUCCGGCUCCGGCUCCGGCUCCUGCUCCUACUGCGGCUGCUAGUGAUGUUUCUGAAGUUUAUGGCCAAGCCGCAUCUAAUCUAGUUGCUGGUAGCAACCUUGAAGGGACGAUACAACAGAUUCUUGAUAUGGGUGGGGGAACUUGGGACAGAGACACUGUUCUUCGUGCACUUCGUGCUGCUUUCAAUAAUCCAGAGAGGGCUGUCGAAUAUUUAUACUCUGGGAUCCCUGAAUCAGCCGAAGUUCCACCUGCUGGGCAGACUGCUAAUGUGCCUGUUCAGUCUCAGCAAACUGCUCAACCAGCACCCCCAUCUGCAGCUGGUCCAAAUGCUAACCCACUGAAUCUUUUCCCGCAGGGCUUUCCAAACAUGGGACCGAAUGCUGGUGCUGCAAAUACCCUCGAUUUUCUGCGCAAUAGUCCUCAGUUCCAAGCCCUGAGAGCAAUGGUGCAGGCCAACCCGCAGAUCUUGCAGCCCAUGCUUCAAGAAUUAGGUAAGCAGAAUCCUCAGCUAGUGAGACUGAUCCAAGACCACCAAGCUGACUUUCUUCGACUCAUCAAUGAGCCCGUUGAAGGUGGAGAAGGUAUCGCUAACAUGUUGGGGCAACUUGGAGAUGCAAUGCCACAAGCUGUUACAGUUACACCUGAGGAACGUGAGGCUAUAGAGAGGCUUGAAGCAAUGGGGUUCGACCGUGAGCUCGUGCUUCAAGUUUUCUUUGCGUGCAACAAAAAUGAGGAGUUAGCUGCUAACUAUCUACUGGAUCACAUUCACGAGUUUGAAGACUGA